AUGGCAGCUUAUGCAGCUUUAGUUUCACUCACGCAUAUCAUCAAACACCUUCAGCACCAUCCUCGCCCUCCCAUUACUCUCGACCAAAAACACAUCCUCUCGCUCACCCAAAACAUUACUUUCUUGCAAGAUUUCCUUGAGAGCUAUCCCGUUACACCUAAAGAUGCCUUAGAGAGUCGUAUAACCGAUGUAGCUUAUGCGGCAGCGGAGAUAAUUGAAUCCCAAGUAAUCCGCCAAAUUCUUGCUGAAUUAUCCGCAAACCCCAGUGAAGAAAAUAUGGCUUCUGUUGAUUUUUGGCAUCGCCUAGACAAAGUGAUACAAGAUAUGGAUUUGAUCAAGGAAGAUGCGACCGGAUUCCAGCCGGAUCACGGCAAGUCAACGCCGGCGGGUCGUUCAAAAUCUCCUCCGACAAUCCACAAAACCAUGGUGGGGUUUGAUGGGAUCAAAUUCGAGGUCAUGGAUAAGCUCACCCGAUCUCAUACUGACCGUCAGAUCAUCCCAAUUUCAGGUAUGGGCGGAAUAGGUAAAACUACACUUGCUAGAAAUAUCUAUUCAGAUCCACUCAUCAGGCAUCACUUUGACAUUCUUGCAUGGGUCACGAUUUCUCAAGAAUACAGAGUGAAGAAAGUUCUUUUAGAUGUCAUCCUCUGUCUGAAAACCAUUACUAACACUACUGAUGAGUUGAACCAGAUGAGCGAACAUAAAUUGGGAGAAAUGCUAUACAAAAGUUUAGUCGGUCGGAAGUAUUUCAUCGUGAUGGAUGAUAUAUGGAGUAUUGAGGCAUGGGAAAAGGUGAGAUUCUUCUUUCCAGAUAAUAACAAUGGAAGUCGGAUACUUGUGACAACACGGUUAUCAGACUUGGCUUCUCAAUUUGCGAGUACAUUUGGCUUAGAGAUGAAUUUUCUUGAUGAGGAUAAAAGUUGGGACCUAUUGCGCAAUACCGUGUUUGGAGAAGAAGAAGAUUGCCCUGUGGAAUUGGAGAAGGUCGGGAAAAAAAUUGCCGAGAAAUGCAACGGACUUCCAUUGUCACUCGUCGUGAUUGGAGGACUCUUGGCAAAAUCCAACCCAACACGAAAAUACUGGGAAAACGUUUUGGGGAAUUUAAACGCGAUCGUGAAUUCAGAGGAAAACGAGCGUUGUUUAAGAAUACUGCACAUGAGCUAUGACGAGUUGCCGGUUCAUUUAAAGCCGUGUUUUCUUCACAUGGGAAUGUUUCUUGAAGGCUGUGAGAUUCGCGUCCCUAACCUCAUCAAAGCAUGGGUUGCCGAAGGAUUUCUAAAACCACACUCUGUUAAAACCUCAGAGGUUUUGGCGGAAGAGUAUUUGGAGGACCUCAUCGCAAGGAAUCUAGUUCUGGCCCGCCGAAGGGGUCCCACUGGAAAAUUAAAACUAUGCGCUGUUCAUGAUCUGUUGAGGGACCUUGGAGAACGAGAAGCAGAAAAACAAGAUUUCCUUUGUGCCAGAAAAGGGCAUAAUCUUAGCUUUUUUACCAUACGCCGUGUUGCCCCAUAUCAUCUGAGUCCGGACGUUUUUGAUCCCAUGUAUUCUAACUCUUUCGUGCAUGCUAUGGUGUCUGAAGAUGUUUCUCAGCUAGUUAACACCCGGUACAUAGCUGCCCAACUUAACUGGAUAUCCCAUCCACAGAUUCGUGGAUUUCCUUCUUCCGUCUACUUCCUUGCUAACCUUCAAACGCUAAUUGUUCUUGAUAAAUGCCGAAUCAGCUCGCCAUUUGUAAUCUGGAACAUGGCUCAAAUUAGACAUGUCCAGAUCGACUCAUUUUGCCUCUCGACUCCUUUUCCUCCUUCUCAAGUGGACACUGUUUUGGAAAACCUACAGACACUCUCCACAGUAAAUAACCUGGAUUUGAGCAAAGAGGUUGUCAAUAGAAUCCCCAAAAUCAAGAAAAUGAAAUUAAAUUUCGAGGGGAAAGAAGUUUCGCGUUUGCAUCUCGAAAAUCUCGGCUAUCUACGUGAACUCGAAUCCCUUUCCUUAAGAUUUCCCAUCUCAUCACUAGUGAGACAAAGUGAGUUGCUUCCAAUCCCAGCAUGCCUUUCGCAUUCCCUCACGAAGUUAUCUCUCGAGAGCUGCUAUCUCGAUUGGGAGGAUAUGAACACGAAAAUCGGUAGCCUUCCCCUUCUUCAGGUGCUAAAGCUGAGACUGUGUUCCUUUGUGGGGCCCUUGUGGGAGACUGAUGAAGACCAGUUCCAGAGCUUGAAAUUCUUGCUGGUUGAGAUGUGUCGUGAUUUCGAGUGCUGGAAGAGUGAGAGUGCCCACUUUCCGCAACUCGAGCACGUUGUGUUGAGAGGAUUGCGUGAGUUGAAGGAGAUUCCUUUGGGUAUUGAAGAUGUAGCUACGCUUAAGUAUAUUGACUUGGAUUGUUGUAGUGAUUCAGCUGUUAUUUCUGCUCGAUGUAUAGUUGAUGAGCAGGAAGAACUCGGGAAUGUAGGGCUUCAAGUUCGAGUUCGCCUUUGGAAAAAGAAUCGGGAGCUGGAGAGCUUGGCGAGUGACGUUUUUCAAGUAAAGAUCAGGGAUGGAUACCUCAACGAGGAGUGAACAAUUUGAUAUCUGAAGGAGAAACUUAUUUAGUGAAAGGCCAAGCAUACGCCAAGAAGCAGAUGUUAUCUCUGCAACAGCCAAAUCAGAGAUGUUACACAAAACACCAGGGUAAAGAGAUGGUUUUGUUUUAUUCAGUCAAACGUACCUACAAAUAUGUACUCCAUGAAGAUGUGUUACUUGUUACAACUUUUCUUUUUUAGCAACAGAUUCAUUCUUUGAGUGCUCCUGUACACUUGUUAAACCAUCGUAUUUUUUGUUGUGUGCAAAUUUUAGUUAACAUAUUGAUCAAGAGUUUCGAGUUUGUUUUUGGGUUUCAAUCACGUGUGCCAUAUCCUGUAGGAGUCAAAGUGAUGUUAUGAUACUGAGAGUGAUCAAGUUAGGUUGAUC